UUCACGAUCCACUCGAAUGGUUACCUCAUAGCCAGCACUGGCCUCUGGAAUGCCGCCCCGUGAUUGGCGACGGCCUCGCCAGGUCCCCUGCCUUUCUCCUUUGACUGGGGACAUCCGCAGGCCGAAUGUAACGGCCGCUGGAUGGCGCUGGUAAACAUCCCGGUCAAAAUGACUGGUACAGGCAAUAAUGAGGCUUUCAAUAGUCGCAUGUCGAUCUAUUUUCCUUCCCCCCACCCCCUCUCAGGUGCAGGAAGUGGCGUAAGGAAUUCGGCAUUAUUUGGACUCUCCUACUGUCGGAAUGCGUGCGAGAACGCCAUUUCCGCGACGCGAUUUCUCCAUCCGUACGCAACCAAUAUGGCUAUAAAAGGGGCGCAGAAGGACCGCUGGUGGCGCGGUGUGCGCAUGAGCCCGAGGCCUUGCUUUUCUAGUCUCGCCUAUUCUUGGUCGGUCGAAAAUUCCAAUUCACAGCAGAAAUGGUCCGCGCGGGUCGGUUGGCACAGAGUGCCCUCCUUCUGUCUAGUGUCUUCGCCCAGAGGACCGUGGUUGACCUUGGAUACACGCGGUACAAGGGACAAGCUCUUCCCAAUGGCAUCGUCCAAUGGCUUGGGAUGCGCUAUGCUGCUCCUCCCGUAGGCCCGUUGCGAUUUUCCGCACCCCAGGAUCCGGAGGAGGUGGAUGGGAUUCAGGAUGCAUUCCAGCAUGGUCCGCUGUGUAUCCCGACCGAAGAGUCUGUCGUCCCUGAAGGGACGUCGGAAGACUGCCUCUUUAUCAAUGUCCAAGCUCCCCGGAAUGCAACCAAACCGCUGCCCGUGUACUUCUGGAUCGAAGGUGGUGGCUUCAACGAGGAUGCACAGGCGGACUACGACGCCUCGGGCUUGAUCCAUGCCUCCCAUAUGGGCAUCGUUGUGGUCACCUUCAACUAUCGUGUCGGUCCGUAUGGUUUCUUGUCCGGAGAGGAGAUUGAAAAACGAGGGAGUUCGAACAACGGUCUGAAAGACCAGAUCAAAGCCCUGCAGUGGGUCCAGAAACACAUCCGCAAGUUCGGUGGUGAUCCCAACCAUGUGGUUCUCGGCGGUGUCAGUGCCGGCGCUGCGUCCAUUACGCUUCUCCUCUCCGCGUAUGGCGGGAGAGACGACGGUUUAUUCCAUGCAGCCGCCGCAGAAUCCCAGAGCUUUUCCGGCAUGUUGACCGUGAACGAAAGUCAGUUUGCGUACAAUAACCUGGUGAUCCGAACUGGCUGCGCGAGCGAAGAGGAUACCCUCGCAUGCUUGCGUAACCUGGAUGUUGCGGCUCUCCAAGCUGUCAACACAAACACCCCUCUCCCCAGGGCACAAGAAGCGCCGCUCUUUAUGUACAGCCCCGUAGUUGAUGGAACGCUUGUUCCCGACUAUACAUAUCGCUUGUUCCACAAGGGGAAAUUCAUUAAGGUCCCGGUCAUCUUCGGCGACGUCACGAAUGAGGGCACUGUCUUUGCCCCCAAGAAUAUCUCGACUGUUGGUGAAGCCGAUACCUUCCUGCAGAGCCAAUUCCCCGAGAUCCAACUUCGCCACCUUGCGCGCAUCAACGCCAUGUACCUCCAGGAAAAUGAGACGCGCCAAUUUCCGGAGGCCGAGCCCUACUGGAUCCCGACCAGCAACGCAUACGGAGAAAUGCGAUAUACUUGCCCCGGAAUGGACAUGUCAUCCGUGUACGCCCAGGCCGGAGUGAAAAGCUGGAAUUACCACUUCGCCGUGCAGGACCCAGACUCGGACGCCGCUGGUGAGGGAACGGCCCACACGCACGAAGUGAACGCCAUCUGGGGUCCGCAGUAUGUGACGGAUGACAACCCCCCGGCCUCCUAUUUCACCACGAACGCGCCAAUCAUUCCGGUCAUGCAAGGCUACUGGACAAGCUUCAUCAAAACCUUCGAUCCCAACCUGCAACGUCGGCCGGGGACCCCGGAGUGGACACAAUGGGGUGAAAAUGAAGAACAUCGCCGACUCUUUAUCAGGACGGGCGAAACGGCGAUGGAGACCGCCCCCCUCGUUCAACAGAGACGAUGCGACUACCUGAUCAGCAUCGGGAUAGAUCUUGCGCAGUGAAUGCACGUCGUUGUGGAACUGCGAGAUGCUGCAGUUUGAAUGUAAAUAGUAAGUAAACAUUUAGCGGGGCAUACAGCAUUCGCGCGUACUAUAAAUAUAAAUACUUUAUUACAGGGGUUUGUUUGAAUAUAACAGCAAGUACAUU